GUAAACAAUACUAUUCUACAUCGUUAAAGAAAAAAUACAACUUUAACUGUAUGCUGGAUACAUAGAAAAAGUUCAAUCAAUAAACGGUGAAAUAAACUGAGAACUAUCCCUGUGGUGUAAAGGUAGAUAAUCACAAGUGAUUUUAUAAUCAAUCAGAGAAAGAUGAAGAAAGAGUUCAACUAUUCUAAUCGACUGGCUAGAGGAGACGAUGACAUAGAACAUUUGACAAAACAGGAAGUGGGAGUGUUGUUAAUCAUCUGCACCUGCAUCUACGCUAUGACCAUUAUGUGUGCCGUGAUGCUUUGCUUCAAGCGUCGGGAAAAAAAGAAGACCAUUAUCCAACUCCAUAUGCCCGAAUGUAAACACAAACACGGCUUAGCGCAGUCCAGAAAAGGUUCCAGAGCGCUCGUCGUUAAGUACUUGAAGUCCCGUGACAAGCACGACCGUCCCGUUCGGUCUAAAAAUGUAAGGGUAACAAUUCGAGAACCACAUCCAGACGUGUUGGCCAACGGUGGACUUCUUGGUUUAGAUUCGUCUGAAGACAUCAGCUCCAGCAGUGAAAUCUUGCAGACGGUGGAUCUGCCCCCUGCCCUAGAAUCUUGUCAGCCCAUCCACACUAUCUACGAUCUUUCGAAACCCAAGAAAAAAAAGGAGGGUGCUCAGCCGAAACAGGAAGAUAAUAAACUGAGUUCAGAAAAGUUUUUGGAAAAAUUUCGUAUUUUAUGA